AUCCUCCGGCAUCCGCCCGGGCGGGCCGCCCCCGCCUGCGGCAGCGCCCCCAGCCGCGGCCCGACACCGGCGCCUUCCCGGCGGGCGAGGGUGAAUCAUGGAGCUGCGUGUGGGGAAUAAAUACCGCCUGGGGCGCAAGAUCGGCAGUGGGUCCUUCGGAGACAUCUACCUAGGUGCCAACAUCGCCUCUGGGGAAGAGGUGGCCAUCAAGCUGGAGUGUGUGAAGACCAAGCACCCGCAGCUGCACAUCGAGAGCAAGUUCUACAAGAUGAUGCAGGGGGGAGUGGGAAUCCCGUCCAUCAAGUGGUGCGGGGCCGAGGGCGACUACAACGUGAUGGUCAUGGAGCUGCUGGGGCCCAGCCUCGAGGACCUCUUCAACUUCUGCUCCCGCAAGUUCAGCCUCAAGACGGUGCUGCUCCUGGCCGACCAAAUGAUCAGCCGGAUCGAGUACAUCCACUCCAAAAACUUCAUCCACCGCGAUGUCAAGCCUGACAACUUUCUAAUGGGCCUGGGGAAAAAAGGCAACCUGGUAUACAUCAUCGACUUCGGCCUGGCCAAGAAGUACCGGGACGCUCGUACCCACCAGCACAUCCCCUACCGGGAAAACAAGAACCUGACCGGCACUGCCCGCUACGCCUCCAUCAAUACCCACCUGGGCAUCGAGCAAAGCCGUCGAGACGACCUGGAAAGUCUGGGCUACGUGCUCAUGUACUUCAACCUGGGCUCCCUGCCCUGGCAGGGCCUCAAAGCUGCCACCAAGCGCCAGAAGUAUGAGCGGAUCAGCGAGAAGAAGAUGUCGACACCCAUCGAGGUCCUCUGCAAAGGCUACCCCUCCGAGUUCUCCACAUACCUCAACUUCUGCCGCUCGCUGCGGUUCGACGACAAGCCUGACUACUCCUACCUGCGCCAGCUCUUCCGCAACCUCUUCCACCGGCAGGGCUUCUCCUACGACUACGUCUUCGACUGGAACAUGCUCAAAUUUAUCCGGCCCCCCUCAUGCCAGCCCCCCGCCCUUCCCUGUGGACGGCCCCAGGACCAGCUAGGGUGCAGCCCGGAACCCCGAGGACGUGGACCGGGAGCGGCGAGAACACGAGCGAGAGGAGCGGAUGGGGCAGCUGCGGGGGUCUACCACCCGGGCCCUGCCCCCUGGCCCACCCACGGGGGCCACUGCCAACCGGCUCCGCAGUGCGGCCGAGCCUGUGGCUUCCACCCCAUGCUCCCGCAUCCAGCAAGCUGGCAAUACUUCUCCCAGAGCGAUCUCUCGGGCCGACCGGGAGAGGAAGGUGAGCAUGAGGCUGCACAGGGGCGCUCCGGCCAACGUCUCCUCGUCAGACCUCACUGGGCGGCAAGAGGUGUCCCGGAUUUCAGCCUCACAGACAAGCGUGCCAUUUGACCAUCUCGGGAAGUGAGGAGAGCCACAUCGGACCAGUGUUUGCUUAGUGUCUUCACUGUAUUUUCUUUUAAAAAACAAAACAAAACAACAAAAAAAAAAGGUGGAAAAAAAACACAACAAACCACUCAAAACCCAGCACAAAACCGACGAUAGAUUUUGUUUCUUUGAUGUUUAUUUUGCCAAUGGCAAAAAGAUGGGUCGUCCUUAGCCCUGAAGACUCCUGUCCCCGCAACUGCCUGCUGUCCCCAACCUCCAGGCUGCCAAACCCUCCCCCCGGGAAGGCCAGCCCACAGGAGCCCACAGGAUGCCCAGGCCCCACACCAGCCACGUGUUCCCGCACUGCCGCCAUUGGCCAUGAGGAAUCCUGUCCUAGCUGGAGAGCCGGUGCAGCCGACGGAGGCGGCCAGAGGAGCUCACGCCCGGGAUGGUUUGGCCAGUCCUACUGGGUUCCAUAAGCCUCGGAUCCACGGAGUCGGCUCUCCCUUCCCCGGGAGAGGACAGCGGCCACUUCCUGUUCUACUUUCCCCGUGUCUCCUGAGCGUUCGGGCUUCACCUGUCUGGGGAGACCUUUGGUGGGUGGCAAGAUGGUGGCCAUGAUGCCUUUGUGUGUGUGUGUGUGUGUGUGUGUGUGUUUGUGUGUGAGUGUGUGUGUGUGUUUAUGUGUGUCCUGUGUUUCCCAGAGCAGGUGCCCUGUCUCACCUGCCAAGCCAAGUUUCUGUUCGCAUCCCCUGAAAAGGAGAGGGGGGUGGACAGUGACCUCCACGUCCCUCAGGGUUCAGAGCGCCCUUGCCACCGCCGGCCCCCCAAGUGCCCACCGGUGGCAGCUCCAUCUUCCAUUCCUGGUCUUUGGGCAGAGUCUGUGGAAAGCCUCUGGCUCCCGGGUACCAGUUAUCCCCGGGGCCUGCCAGCCCCCCGGGCCUCUUCUCCCUGGACCCUGCCUUUCGGAGGGGGAGCCUGGGGUUGGGACUAUGUGUUGGAUAUAGCCUUCCUAGUUAACAACUGGUUUUGUUUAUUUUAUUUUUGUUUGUUUUCUCGGUGUGUGUAUUUCUUAAUUUAUUUACCUCUGUUUUCCCUUAUUUUUCCCUCUUUUUUUUUUAAAUUAAAGAGCAAAGCUUUUUAUUACUUUGUAAUUUAAAAAACUGAAAAAAAAAUUACUGAAGAACUUUGGGGGGAAAUUUUGUACUUUUUUCCUGUGUAAAUACUGGACUUUUUUGAGCUUUAUUGUGGUUGUUAAUUUGAAGUAAUAAAGUAGAAAAGGAUAAAGU